AUGGCAAACGUCACUAGUGAUCAAAAGACAGCGGAGGUGUGUUUCAUUGAUAGCGGGUGUUCGAAUCACAUGACAGGCUUGAAGCCUAUAUUCAAUGAGCUUAACGAAGGAGAAAAGUUGAAGGUGGAACUUGGAAACAACAAGGAGCUACAAGUAGAACGCAAAGGAACGGUUGGAAUUGAAACUCACCAUGGAAAUAGAAUUCUCACAAAUGUUCAGUAUGUGCCCGAUAUUGGAUAUAAUUUGCUGAGUGUUGGACAGCUAAUGGAGAGUGGGCAUUCUAUCUUGUUUGAUGAUGAAAGAAAAUCAGAAACAUCUGAGAAGUUCAAGCAUUUCAAGGCAAAGGUAGAAAAGCAAAGUGGCAUGUUCAUCAAAUCUCUUCGCAGUGAUGGAGGUGGAGAAUUUUUGUCCAACAACUUCAACCAUUUUUGUGAGGAACAUGGCAUCCAUAGGGAGUUGACAACACCUUACACUCCAGAGCAAAAUGGGAAAGCUGAGAGGAAGAAUUGA